UUCUGUGAGAGUCCAUACUUCACUAUACAGCGUCUGUUAGUAGAAGUGAAAUUACCUUUUUGGGGAAAAAUUGUUCUUGCCAUCCUUUUCUUUUCUUUUUCUUUCCCCCACACUAAUUUGUCUUGUGUCAAAGAGUGGAAUAACAUUUGGGUUGCCUUUUCAAAUCCUGAUCAACAUGUUUCUGAUUCUUUUAGCCACUACGGAAUUAAAAGAUUUUUUUGCCAAGGCUCGGAAUGGUUCGAUCCGCCUCAUCAAGAUAGUCAUUGAAGAUGAGCAGUUGGUGCUUGGAGCCUACAAAGAGCUCUCUCGGCGGUGGGAUAAGGACUACGACUCCUUCGUUUUGCCGCUGCUAGAUGAACUGCAGCCAUGUUACAUUCUCUAUCGCCUGGACACCCAGAAUGCACAGGGCUACGAAUGGCUUUUUAUCUCGUGGUCACCUGACAACUCUCCUGUUAGACUGAAGAUGCUCUAUGCAGCAACCAGAGCAACAGUGAAGAAAGAGUUUGGAGGUGGACACAUAAAAGAUGAACUUUUUGGAACAGUUAAGGAAGAUGUUUCACUCAACGGUUACCAGAAGCAUGUGUCGUCCUACUCUGCUCCAGCUCCUCUGACUGCAGCUGAACAAGAGCUUCAGCAAAUCCGCAUCAAUGAGGUCAAGACUGAAAUCAGUGUAGAAAGCAAACACCAGACCCUUCAGGGACUGGCUUUUCCUUUGCAACCAGAGGCACAGCAGGCCAUUCACCUACUCAAGCAGAAAAAAAUCAAUUACAUCCAGCUGAAGCUGGACCUGGAGCGGGAGACCAUAGACUUGGUCCACACGAAUGCUACUGAGAUAGCAGACCUACCUAAAAGAAUUCCACAGGAUUCUGCCCGUUAUCACUUCUUUCUGUAUAAGCAUUCUCAUGAAGGAGAUUACCUGGAGUCAGUUGUGUUUAUCUACUCGAUGCCUGGUUACAAAUGUAGCAUCAAGGAGCGAAUGCUGUACUCCAGCUGCAAGAGCCGGCUGCUUGACACUGUGGAGCAAGAUUUCUGCUUAGAGAUUGCAAAGAAGAUUGAAAUUGAUGAUGGAGCUGAGCUGACAGCAGAGUUCUUAUAUGACGAGGUCCACCCCAAGCAACAUGCUUUCAAGCAAGCCUUUGCCAAGCCCAAGGGGCCUGUGGGGAAAAGAGGACAGAAGCGGCUUAUCAAAGGACCAGGCGAGAAUGGAGAAGAGAGUUAAACCCCAGUGGACAGAAGGACAGGGGUCAGGAAAAUGGGCUGUGAAGGUCUAUCAGCCUCCAGAGUUGCAGCUCCAACCAAAUCCACCCCUUGGCAUCUGAGUCUGUCCAUUGAACUCCAGAGCUCUUUCCCCUCCACCUCUUCUUUCAGAGUCAUGUCCACCUGAUUUCAUGCUGUGGAAGCAAAGAGGGAGAACUGUCAGGCUUGUCUUCUCUUCCCUUUUGCUCUAUUGUGUAAAUUCUGGGGAGGGCAUGUAGGGAGGGGACCCCAAUUGUUCUAGUUUGAAAUGACUCUUUAAAAUUGAAGCUCCUGUUACUUCUUAGUCUGUGACCUGGUUUACUUGGGAUCUGUGCUAGAAAACUCAAUUUUGUCUGAGGAAGUUGUCUACGUGCAAAGAGCAAGAUCUGCCUUCCUUCAUGUAAACUACUCACAUGUUCUUUUCUCUAUUGGCUUAUUGUUGCUCCUCUGUCACAAGGAAAAUAGAAGAAAAAACACCACCACACUAUCAAUAAUCUUUGGAAUUCUGCUACCAUUAAUUCCAUUCCCUUGCCAAGGCAGGUUUGUUUGCCUAGGAGCCAAGUCAAUAUUAUUAUAUUUUUUGAGGAUUAAGAGGGGAGUAUAUUCAAGGGGUGAAUGUGGUCUCCCUGUGUCUCUCCCCCUGACACUUUUUAUUAUUUUCUUUUUUUAGUUUGAGCCUAUGGAUUUACUGGGGAAGGGAUUACAGAGGCUAGUGGAGUUUUCUCAAAAAGGCAGAGGCAUGUUGCUGGCCUGCAUUAAUGCUGCUCUCUCCCUUGCUAGCUAAAGAAGAGGCAGGGCUCCUAAGAACUACAUUCAUUUUAUUACUGAUUCAUCCAAACAUUCUAUUCCAGUCCUUUCUGUCUAGCUUUGAGUGAAUUUCCAUCACAGAUUCCCAGGUGGGGCCUAGAUUUCUUGUUAAAGAGGUUGGCUUAUUGUCUGCCUUAUUCCUUUUUAUAAAGCUAUGUAUUGGAGACCAGUUGAUUUAAUCCUGGUUUCUGCCCACCCCACCCCAACUCAUUUGGAUGGCUCAGGCUUUGUGUUACUGGCACACCUGAAGAGAAGACAAGAGGCACUUAGAAACAAGUGUAAACCUCUGUCCUGUUGACAUAUCUUUGUCUUUAGAAAGGUCAAGGCUCCAUCCAUUUUCACAUCAUCCUGAUAAAUUGUUCCUGAUAAACUGCUUUUUUGUGACAGUGAGGCAACCAUUUUAUAGAGGUAGUCUGCUUUACCAUACAUGACCCUGCCAGCUUUCAGCCUGAUGCGGCAUUAACAUACUGAGAUUAUUCUCUGACUUAGUGAGAAAAUGUGGGCCUGAACAGCCUGUUCUCAAGCUAGACGCUUCCAUAUAGUGCCUCUAAUGGGGAUUGUAUGUGAACAAGGUGAAGCCAUCCAGUUUUUUGGCCCACUGAGAUGUUUGCUCAGGUGUUGGUCAAUACACACACACAGCCGAGUCUAUGGUUGUUCCAAUACUGGCUGACUCCAGUUCAGAACCUCACAUGUAUUGUAGCUCUACAAUAGAGUUUUGCCCAGCCAAAGGGGAUGCUGGCACUUUCACAGGUCGUUGAACACUGAUUGGGUUGUAUUCCAUGUGGAGUGUACUUUGCCUGCAGGGUUGUUCAUUUCCUGUGAUAGAUGUUGUUUACUGAAAACAAUUGUUGUAAAUCUGUUUCACCCAGGUGGAAGGAAGGGGAUAGCUUACAGAAUGAGAAUCUUACUCAUGUUCCAAAGUGAUUGGAGCAGCAGAUUGGAAGGAGAAAGGAAUUGCAGGGGGUGGGGGAAGCCUUGUCAGUCUGCUCUGAAGGCAUUUAAAGGAGUGGAUACUGACCCAAACUCCCACAAGAUUCUUGCCCCAAAUUUGAUCUUACUUAGGGACAUCUGAAAAUAAGCGAAAUAAAUGUGUUUUUAAAUUGUUUUUGUGUGCCAUCAAGUCAUUUCUGACUUAUGGCAACUCUAAGGUGGGCAGAAUCUGUUCAGAAGGAGUUUGUCCUUGCCUUCUUCUGAAGUGGGUUUCCAUGGCUGAGGGUAGAUUCAAACCCUUGUCUCUCCAUGUCCUAGUCCAAUGUUCAAACUGCUGUAUCACACUGGCUCUCUUUUAAAAUAUAAAGUCAGUGUAUUUUGUAUUGUAAAGGUUUCAGUAGAACCACAUAAUUGAAGCAGCAAAAUAUUGAGGAAUUUUUCUUAAUCCUGGGCUUGCUGUAGUACAUUCAUUUUGGGAGUGGAAGCAACAGGGACUUGAAUUUUUAAAAAAGAAGCCUGGCUUUCUCCCAUCUUUGAAACAGAUCUUGGAGAAGUUGUAGAGGGUGGGGUAUAACUACCAGAAGCCUAGGAGACUUGGGAGUUUUAGUUUUUAAAAAAACUUUUCCAAGCUCUGGUUCAAAGCAUUAUACACUACACCACGUUCAGAGUAAAAAUUGUUUUUUAAAAAACAAAACAAAGCCACGAAUUCAGAGAAGAAAUCUAGAUGUCAGCUCUCCCUCAGAUUGUGUGCUCACCUGUUCUGCCAUCUUGAAUGAUCUAUCUUACAUUUAGGACUUCCUUCACUAUGCUUUAGAAAUGGUCAGUUCUUGUUUUCAAUAUUUGGUGUCAAGAAGAAGACAAAGGAGUUGGAUCAAAAUUUGGUUCUAACCAGCAUGGGUCUUUAGUAGGCAUGCUUCAGGUUCAAAUAGGCAUAAUGAAAGAAUCUUUUGGUCAUGGUAGUAGGGGAGGCUUUGUGUUUUUAUUAAUUUUAUAACCAAAAUAUUCCAAGGUCACAGUCACCCUCAAAAACCUCCCUAUAACACUUCACUGUGUUCUUUCCUCACUUGGUUUAUCCCUGCCCUGCUUCUUUCAUGAGAUCGAGGCAACCUUUUUAAGGAGGAAUUGUGUUCUAGGGCUUUCAGGCUGCAGUCUUAUUGGGAUGUUACAGCCAUGUAUUUCUACAUCUCUAUACUGGAUUUUUGUUAGCUGCUUUCAAGUCGAUCUCAACUCAUGGCAACCCUGUGAAUGAGCUGUCCCCAAGCCCCCAUCCUCUACCUCCCUGCUCAGGACCUGCAGUCUCAGGCCUAUGGUCUCUCUGAUUGAGUCUAUCCAUCUGACAUGUGGUCUUCUUCUCUUCCUACUUCCCUCCACCCUCUCCAGCAUCAUUCUUUUCUAAUGAGUCAUGCUUUCUCAUUAUGUGACUGAAGUAUGACAGC